AUGGACACGUUCGAGUUUGACUCGGACGCAUUCUACAUUUGCACCGAAAUAGCACCGCAAAACUUUGUGGUACAGAAGGCGAUCCAAAUCGACAAAUCACAAAUCGAGCGCAUGCUUGGCAAAAUUGACGAAAAGGGAGCAGCAGAUCCUCCCAAUCCGUCUGAUCACUCUGUGGGAUCGUCGUCUGCGCAUUCCCCUGGUCGUACAUCCCCGUCAACAUUAGGCAGCAGCGGAAGCUCCGACGCUCCACCGAUUCCUUUCUGGUUCGAUCGUGAGUGUAGGGAUAGGCUCAUGAUGCUCGGCCCGCAGCCGCAGAUGCCUCCCAACUUCUCGUUCCCUUCGUCUUCUAAUCAUUUUGGACCUCCAGUUCCUUCUCCACCACAAACUCAUGAAGAUCUCCGUCUGCAACUAAAGAACCAACUGGAAUACUAUUUUUCAAGGGAAAAUCUCAUUUCUGACCGAUAUUUGAAGUGUCAGAUGGACUCGGAACAUUUCGUACCGAUCGCUGUGGUGGCCGGUUUUCCCAAGAUCCGUCGCCUGACUGAUGAUGUUGAUCUCAUUGUUGAAGCAUUAAAAGAAUCGAUGAUUGUGGAGCUAGACGAAAAUUGUGAAAAAGUUCGGCCGAUCUCCAAAAGAACGACGUUGAUAAUAAGGGAAAUUCCGGAAGAUCGACGAGAGGUAGUGGUGGAUUUGUUACGUAAUGGUCCACAGUUUUCUGAGUUGAAGUAUGGUCUCAAUGACAGCUGGUAUGUAACAUUCGAUAAUGAGCUGGAUACUCAAAUUGCGUACGUCGACGUACAGCAUAAAACUAACGAGAUAACAGAUAGGAGAGUUUGUGCUAGAAUAAAAGCCGGUGGGCCUCCGACGACUGGUUCAUCGGAUACACAGAAUGGCGAGAGAGCAAAUGCACCGACGCCGGUGGUCAAUGGAGACAGCGUGGCGCAGCCGAAACUACGAGAGCUGGGAGCGUCACUAAAUGGAAUUGGGUUAGUACCUGUCGCUUCUUACCGACAUGGAGAACCGAUUUUGAGUCAAUUCAAAUACCAAACAAAGACGUGUCAAUUUGCUGGAAACAGUUUGGGUGUUACCACUUCGAUGCCUCCACAACCACCUCCACCACCGCAUUCUCAGACGCUGAAUGAUCAACAGCCACCACAGCAUUUCUUCUAUCAACCGAUGGUACCAAGUACUCCGCGCAAUUUCGAUGAGUAUUCGACUGCUUCGUCCAAUUCCACCCAUACCACAACAUCAAAUUAUCAAAAUCGAAGUUGUAGUAGUGGAGUCGGAAACGGCCCCCAUCAUAACAACACUUUUUAUGAGUCGCGUAGCAGUUUUUCGAACUCUAAUGAGUGGCGUGGUCGUGGGGGUAAUGCUCCUCAGUUCCAAAAUAAUUAUAACCAUAAGGAGAGCAAUGGACGUUCGAAUAGUAGCCGAGGAAGUUGGAGAGGACGGAAUGGAACAUCAAAUACAAAUACGCUCAAUCAUCAAAACCAUCGGCAGGAUGUCCAACAUAAUAACUGGAGAAACGACCAAAAUAUCCCGCAAAGCAACUGGAGAAAUGACCAAAAUGUACCACAGAAUAACUGGCGAAGCGAGCAGAAUGGACAUCAUCAGAACAACCAAAAUUGGAGAAAUCAGCAGAAUGGACAUCACAACAAUGGGAGAAAUGACCAAAAAACUCUUCCAUCUAAUCAAUGGUGGUUGUCUCCCAACACUGGAAAUCAAAAUCGCCGUCCAUACAACAAUAAUCAUAAUAAUCGUCAAAAUCCACUUGUGGCUUCGUCGUCUUCUUCAAACGCCAGCUCUAAAUACGAUGCUGUGGAGACUACAACCAUUUCUGAGCAGAAUGCAUCAUCAUUAUCAUCACAAUCUGUGCCAAGAACAAACCAGCAAUAUACUCCACCGACGCCGUCUGAAAUGCCACCACCUCCAGUAUGGCCUGCACCCAGCUUCGACCGACGAAGAAAGAGUUCGGAAGCGUCCGUGACAACAAUAACUACUGCAACCAACACAUUGACUCCAUCAACUCCAGUUAUUUCUGUUGACGAUUUUCCUGCGUUUUCUAAACCGGAGCCAGUCGUUGUUGAGAACACGAAGCCAAAAGAAACCAAAGAGAAGGAAACAAAGGAGAAAAAAGAUGAACCAAUAACAGAGAAACCUAAGAAAGUCGAACCAACAAAAAUGACUGCAGUUGAGAAAGAAAAAUUGCGUUCUCCUUCAACCUCUGCCGCUGUUGCUCCAAUUCCUGUUUCCACGCCAUCAUUUGCUUUCGAAGAGAACGCUUUCCCAUCUUUGCCGAAAAAGAUCGAACCAGUCAAACCUCCACAAAAACCGACAUUCAGUUCCGUAGCUGCUGGUCGGCGAAAUGCUCUCAAACAAAUGGUUCCCGAGAAGAAAACUUCGUACGCGGAGAAACUGAAGCAGCGUCAAGCUCUUCUUCGUAAAUAA